AUGGCCGGAUCCAAGAAGCACAAGAAAGAGAAGAAGCGUGAGAGUCUGUCAACUGAAGGCAGUGAGAAGCAGAAGCGAAAGCUACUCAAGGAUUCUCUUCAGGGUGAUGAUCAUGAGAACUCGCCCCGGAAAGAGAAAAUCGCCUCAUCGAAGCAUACCAAGGAGACCCCAGCAGACUCCGACGAUGAUGUCCCCAAAUCAAGCAAGAAAUUGAAGGAUAGCAAACGCAAGAGCUCUCGAAAGGACGAUCGGGCUGAUGAUGAAUCUGCAACUACGAAAAAGUCAACGCCCAAGGAAGACCAAGAGUCGGAAGAAUCUAGUAAUGACGAGGCAGAGCGCAAGCCGUCCAAGAACAAACACGCGGGAAUCCUUUCCAAGUUUGAACGCACGAAAACCGUGUCCAGCAAAAAGGCAAAGAAGUCGAAGCCCGAAGUUGAAGAAGUGGAAGAGCAUGCUGUUGAGCCAGUCAUCGCAAAGGGUCUGGAGCCACUGCCACAGCCCGAGAAUCCGCCGGAGCUCGAACAGGCUCCUACCUACUCUUCUCUCCCUCCUUGGUUGGCGAACCCCCUUCGAACAUCAACCGAUGAACGAGCCAAGUUCGCAGACCUCGGAAUUAAGCCAGAUCUUCUUCGCAUCCUCGACCAGAACAAUUACAAAGAGGCCUUCGCAGUUCAAUCCACCGUCAUCCCUCUCCUAUUGGACGGCGACAACCAUCAUCCUGGGGAUUUGUGUAUCUCAGCCGCAACAGGAUCUGGAAAAACUCUUUCCUACGUGCUUCCGCUCGUGACAUCUUUGAACCCGAGGCCCGCGUCGAGACUUCGAGGUUUGAUUGUCGUCCCUACCCGAGAGCUAGUCAAACAGGCUCGCGAGGCUUGUGAACUCUGCGCCUCCGGAUCGCGCCUUCACAUCGGCAGUGCUGUCGGAAAUGUGGCCAUUAAAGAAGAGCAAAAGCUUAUCAUGAGGACAGACCAGGUCUACAACCCGGCAACUGUUGCUCAAAGGCAGGCGCCAGGCUUGCAAGACAAUGACUGGAUGGACUUUAGCCUUGAAGACUGUGUUACUGAGGCUGUUGAUUCGACAGGUUCCCUUCCGGGAUACAUUCAGAGAUACGAGCCCAAUGUCGACAUUCUCAUUUGUACCCCUGGUCGCUUGGUGGAUCAUCUUCGCUACACCAAGGGAUUCACCCUCAAGUAUCUUGAAUGGCUAGUGAUCGAUGAAGCCGAUCGUCUGCUGAACGAAAGCUUCCAAGAGUGGGUGGAUGUGGUCAUAGGUUCAUUGGAUGCGCGACAUGCACCCGAAACCUUCGGCCCUGGCGGCAAACUCUUGUCUGAGCUUGGUCUGCCGAUUGAGACAAAACCCCCGAGAAAGGUUGUUCUUAGCGCUACCAUGACCCGCGACAUUACCAAGCUCAACUCUCUACGCCUUGAUGACCCCAAGAUGGUAAUCAUUGGCGCUGAGAAUGCCAUGGACCCCGAGGAUCCUUCCGCUAGGAACUCCGAUGCCCACUUCACACUGCCGUCGACUCUGCGAGAACGUAUGGUUGCCGUGGGCGAUGAAGCUCUCAAGCCACUCUAUCUUCUGCGUCUGCUAUUAUCGCAUAUUGGCGUUGAAGUUGAUAAGAAGUCUAGUCUCGCUUCCAAGGCCUCUGACUCCGAUAGCACCAGCUCGGAUGAUACCUCCAGUGAUGACGAAACCACCUCAGAUGAAUCUUCAGAUGAUGAUGAUACAUCAUCCUCAGGCUCGGAUUCCGAGUCAGACUCCGACGCUUCAAGCGACACUUCAUCUUCUGACUCUUCUGAUUCUGAGUCCGAGUCCGAGUCCGAGUCCAAGCCCGAAAUUGUAUCCAAGCUCGGGCCCCGGGCCACUACUGUACUCAUCUUCACCAAAUCUUCUGAAUCUGCGUCGCGACUUUCCCGCCUCAUUUCCCUGCUCCACCCGCAGCUUGCCAGCCGCGUGGGAACCAUCAUCAAAUCCGAUAAAUCGUCCGCUUCACGCAAGACCUUGGCAGCUUACCGCAAGGGCAAAAUCUCUGUCAUCGUGGCUACUGACCGUGCUUCUCGUGGUUUGGAUCUGCAAUCGCUGUCUCAUGUUAUCAACUACGAUGUUCCCAGCAGUAUCACAACCUACGUCCAUCGUGUCGGCCGUACCGCCCGUGCUGGAAAGGAAGGCUCUGCAUGGUCCCUGGUGGCUCACCGCGAAGGAAGGUGGUUCGCAAACGAAAUCGCAGCCAGCAUGGAUGGUCCCAUCACGCGUAACUCGCCCAUCGACCGCGUUCAGGUGAAGACAAAUGACCUCAAGUCACUCCAAGAGAAGUAUCCCAAGGCCCUUGAGAAGCUGGAGCAGGAAGUCAAGGUCAGCAGGGCGCGUCCGUCCAAGUCCAAGCCUUGA